AGAUCUGCGAGAUGGAUCAGCGGAGGGGAUGACGGAAUAUAGCGUCGCGACGACGAGCGUCGAAUUUAGUCUCUACUCUACCCGGCAACACCGUUCCAAAAUCACUUCUUCAAUACAUUUCCACUCCGAAAACACAAUACACAAGACACAACAUGCCGCCCCGUAACAAGGAACAGGAAGCCGAAAUUCUAGCAUGGAUCGAAUCAGUGACUGGAGAGAAACUCCCAGCUGGAAAUUACGAGGACAUCCUUAAGGACGGCGUAGUUCUUUGCAAUCUUAUCAACAAGCUCGCCCCUGGUUCAGUGAAAAAAAUCCAAACGAAAGGAACGAACUUCCAACUAAUGGAGAACGUCCAGAGGUUCCAAGCGGCGAUUAAAGCCUACGGCGUACCACAAGAAGAAAUUUUCCAGACCGCAGAUCUCUUCGAGAGGCGAAACAUCCCUCAAGUAACACUUUGCCUUUACGCCCUCGGCAGAAUCACGCAAAAACACCCGGAGUACAAUGGUCCAAGAUUAGGACCGAAAAUGGCUGAGAAGAACGAGAGAGAAUUUACGGAAGAACAACUCCGCGCAAGCGAAGGCCAAGUUAAUUUACAAAUGGGAUACAACAAGGGCGCAAGUCAAAGUGGUCACGGUGGAUUCGGCAACACCCGGCACAUGUAAAUUAUAUUAUCUAUAUCAUAUAUCGAUAAAAUUUAUCGACCUACAUGCAAUGCACGCACACAUUAUGUAUGUAUAUACACGCAUAUACCACCUAUACACAGACCCGUAACAUAUAUUAUUAUAUGAAUAUUUGAAAACGAAAACAUCAAACCGGGAUCCCAAAUUUAUUUAUGACGAGAUAAUGUUUAACUGACGAAUUAUUCCAUUGUAAGAAAAAAGAAAAGGAAAAAAACGGAUCCAAAUUUAAAAUGUUAAUAAAAUCUUAAUUCGAAGUUGAAAACAUCCCGGUGACAAAUAAAAUAGUCACAAAAAUUAGGCACAAAUUACAAAUACACGAUUACAUAUUGUACGAUGCGUUACACCAAAGAGACUCACAUUCGUUUACUAUUAUACAUAUGUAUACACGCCGAAAAAGGAAGAAAGAACCAUGCAUAUACGUAAUUUCUUUCUCGUUGUUUGAAUAUUGUAUUAUUUUCGGUUACGGAUAAAAAUCGCAAUAUUUUAGCAUCGUUGCGAAUUAGGCUGAUAUACCACAAUUACACCUACCCUUUAACACGCACAUACACACAUUACAUCUACAACACACACACACACGCACACGAACACGAACACGAACACGAACACGAACACGAACACGCACACGCACACCUACAAAUCCACACCCACACACACAAUCUACGUAAAAAAAACCACCAUCUACGAAAUUAUAUGCUGUAUACAGAAAAUGUUACACGAGUCAUGCGAUAAUUAAGAAUCUACCUAAACGUACAUAAUUUGACUUUACACCAAACGAACUAACAGUACUCAUUACUCAUAUAUCGUUACUUUCUACUAUACUACUCUCCAUUUCUUUAAAAUUGUUAAAAUAAAUUUAUAGUUACAUUUCUAAAAGCACAAUGAGUUUCUUCUUCAAACACUAUAUGAUACACUCUGCAUGUUUAUUCACCAUUUCUAUACCUGUACUAAUUUCAAUAUACACUACCUAUGCGUUUUCACACAUCUUAUUAACAAUGUUGUUUGUAACAAACACCAAAUAAUACACGCGCGCACAUUUACACAUAAAACACAUACUAUACACAUUCACAAAACCAAAUACACAAGCAUUGUUAAACAAUCCAACACAAGCAUGAGUUUAUGAAUAUGAAUUUCUUAUUAUUCACUAACAAUACACACCCCACAAAUAAUAAGAUCAACUACCCAUUAUACUUAUAACACACUCACGCACAUUUGUUCUAAAAUUUAUACGAAUUUACACAAACACGACACACACAAACACACAAACACACAAAGUCAUCAUUUAGGAUGCACAUACUCACAUUCAACACGCAUGACUUAAUUGAUCUUUGACACUGAGAUUAACUACUCUAAAUCACACACUUUACUUAUGAUUUACUCCUAUACCUCAUAGAAAUGAAAUAUAUGAGGUGCGAUUAUUUGAUGUUGCUUUGCAUAUGUUGUACGACAUAUACGAUUAUACAUAUUGACACCAUGUAUGUAUAACAGAAGAUGAUAAACGCCAUAUAAGUAUCAUACGUACUUAUUUGAGCAAACAAAAAAAAUACACACACUAUACGGGUGCCAACCAUUUUAUUCUUCAACUUUGCCAGAGUCAAAGUUUUACCGUAAUGCAUAAUUAAUGAUCAGGUCUUCUUUAGAUUUUAUAGAUUAUAUAAUUCGCUUGUAUUAUCGUAAAAAGCAUGAUAAAUUUACUUUCCUAAUACCUUGAUAUUCUAUAAUAAAAACGGGCACUGCUAUUUUCUACUA